AUGGACUCGGGGUGCUCGCCCUCUGAUUCGUCGUCGUCAUCCUCCUUCUCCUCCGAUGCGGCGCCUCCUCCGCACAUCUCUGCUUCAUCGUCGUCGCCGUCGUCGUCGUCGGGCAGAACGGAGAAGCGGCGGGCGGGGAGGAAGAAGUUCAGGGAGACGCGCCAUCCGGUGUACCGCGGGGUGAGGGAGCGCAACGGCGGCAAGUGGGUUUGCGAGGUGAGGGAGCCGCGCAACGAGAAGCGCCACUGGCUCGGCACCUUCCCCACGCCUGAGAUGGCCGCUCGCGCCCACGACGUCGCCGCGCUCGCUCUGCGCGGGCGCUCUGCCGUCCUCAACUUCCCCGACUCCGAGUGGCUGCUCCCGCGCGCCCAGUCCCCCGCCGCCGACGACAUCAGAAGCGCCGUCGUCGAGGCAGCGGCGAUGUUCCGCCACCCCGUCUCCCCCCCGGCCCCCCUCUCCGCCCCUUCCUUCUCGUCGCCGCCACCGCCGAUGCCGGUUGAAGCUCCGGCGCCGCUCGCAACGGCGUUCCUAGACGAGGAUGCGCUGUUCGACCUGCCGGGGCUGCUGGUCAGCAUGGCGGAGGGGGUGCUCCUCUCCCCGACCACCCUCUUCUGGGCCUUCGACUUGGACCACGUGGACGGCCACCUGGACUCCGCCUCACAAUGGGCGCUCUGGUGA